GAGCAACCCACUUCGACCUCUAUCUGCACACAGUGCUAAGAAAAGUUGCUUUUUGAGCGAAGUUAACCAACUAUGAUCGCGACGCAGGAGGUCCAGAACUGCUUGACUGGAACCAAUUUGAAAGAUUUGGUCUGUCUAUCUUCAAGUGGUCUUUCUGCGCGUUAAAGCUUCGCAGAAUAGUUAGCUUAGCUUAGCUUAGCUUGCGAAAAAGAACAACGUGGUUUGAUGCUUGGACAUCAAGUUGGAGCCUCCUAAAGUGUGCGAAAUGUGUGCAAGAAGGACGCCAACCGCAAAGUUGGAGGCUGAACUUUGUGGCCCAAAGGAUCAGCGACGACUUCACCCCUCGACUGCGUGCAAAAUGCAAGUAAAAGUUGUUGGCAGACUAGCAGGUUUCAGCAAAUAUGUUGGUCUUGAGUGGCAGGAGUCUGAGUCUCCUGACGUUAAAGAGGAAGUCGAGCACCCGCAUAUCAAACAGGAAGAGUCGGAGCACCCUGAACAGCAAAAGAGAGAAAUACAACUUCCAAUCAAAAAGGAGGAGGUAGAGCUGCCAUACGUUAAAGAUAAGGAGGAUAUCACCAUGUCGACUGGUGAGCCCUUGAAGAGUGAUGAUGAUCCGAGUGAGGCCAGCAGAGGGGCGGAGCCUCCAAGCGGCAGCAGGAGCUCAACAGAAGGAUUGCAAACUGACAUUUUCACUGCUCCGUCAGUUAGAAAUUGUGCCACGUCACACUCAACUUACAAUAAUGAUGGUCAUAAGAAAUCUCACCUUGACGGCAAAAUUUGCAAAUGCUCUCAGUGUGGGAAAACCUUUGCUAAUAACUACAAUUGUCGUAUGCAUAUGAGGAGCCACACAGGUGAAAAACCUCUUGUCUGCUCAGUUUGCGGUCAAACAUUCACUUGGAAGAGCAACUUAAACAAACACACAAGAACCCACACUGGUGAAAAACCUUUUUGCUGCUCAGUUUGCGGUCAAACAUUCACUUGGAAGAGCAACUUAAACAAACACACAAGAACCCACACUGGUGAAAAACCAUUUCCCUGCUCAGUUUGUGGAAAAAGAUUCACUCAUAAGGGCACUUUAAACACACACACAAGAACCCACACUGGUGAAAAGCCUUUUUCCUGCUCAGUUUGUGGUCAAGGAUUCAGUCAAAAGCUAGACUUGAAAAGACACAAAACAACCCACACUGGUGAAAAACCCUUUUCCUGCUCAGUUUGUGGUCUAGGGUUGAGUCGCAAGAGCCACUUCAAAAGACACACAAUAACCCACACUGGUGAAAAACCUUUUUCCUGCUCAGUUUGUGGAAAAAGAUUCACUCAGAAGAGCGCCUUAAAUAGACACACAAGAACCCACACUGGCGAAAAACCUUUUUCCUGCUCAGUUUGUAGUCAAGAAUUCAAUCAAAAGCGAUACUUAAUAGCACACGCAAGAACCCACACUGGUGAAAAAUCUUUUUCCUGCUCAGUUUGUGGUCGAGGAUUCAUUCGGAAGGAUCAUAUGAAGAGACACAUGUGCGUUGGUGUUAGAAGCAGUGGCCAGUGACUCUUUUGCCUGUCAUCCAUGCUGCUUUCAUCAGAUUGUGCACGCAGGACAAUUGUAUUUUCAAGAGCUUCCUCAAAUCAUGUUGAGCAUUGGCACUUUUGGUGCUUUACAUGUGCUUUGUCCAGUCCUUGUAUUAUGUGGAUCCACACUAUUGCCUAAAUAUUGGCUCACCUGAUUUAACUCUCUAGUGGCAUUAUUUAUACAAUAAUCUCCCUCUUUCAAACCGCCCUUUUCACAGUUAUAUUUGAAACAGUAGACCCAAAAUUACAAAAAUUCUGAAAUACAUUAAUAAAUAAUGUAUUUACAUCAAUAUGGAAAAUUAUGAUUGGCUCACAAAUAAGUUUUUAUUUGUUUUUUUUUUGGGGGGGGGGGAUUAUAAAAUAAUUUAAAAAAAAACUAUUUCUACUCUUGAUUGGCAGUGGCUGAAUAAAGUUGGGGAUAUAAGGGCUAUGCGAUUAAAGUCGUACUGUUACUACUCGAGAAAAGUCUGCUUACGUAGGAGUAAUGUAGCUGAAUAAGCGGCUACGCACUUUACAUAUAUGUACCUUAGCUGGUAGCUACGACGAUUCUGAAAUGCAGCCUUACGAGAUGCUUUCAUUAUUGUUGAUUUUAGCAGAGGCGGCGACGGGCAACGUAAAAUACAUAGCUGCUCAUUCAUAGCCAUCGUACGACUUAUUUUGUUGUCAUGACAGUUUGACUUUUUAUUUCUCAUUGUAAAAAUACUAGGGCUGUCCCAAACGACUAAUUUUCUCCUGAUUAGUCAGCCGACUAUUUUUACGAUUAGUCGACUAAUCUAAUAAUUUUAAAAAAAUGUUUUUGGUUUUUUUGUUUACUAAUUUAGCAAUGAAAUUUUUGUUGACGCUUAUCAAUUCACAAAAAAACAUACUGGAACACUUAAAUUAUUUAUUAAAGUAUAAAUAAACACGUAAAUAACAAUAAUAAAUCACAAAUAAACAAUGAGUUCAAAUGCUGAUAGAAUUAACUAGUGUAGCAUCCUGAUUGAAAAGAUGGUCUCGUAAACUGAUAGUUUACAACUUUUAUUCCAUCCUUGAUAUAAUCACACUGUAAGAGCUACGGUGCACACAAAUAAAACAACACAAUUAGAAAUUAACGAAAACUUUUUACCUUUUUCCUUUUAAACCUUAUUUAUAUAUCAAUGAAUUGCCUAUAUGAAUUGCCUUCACCUUAAUUUAUUACCUUAUCAUUGAGAGUCUCUCCCUUGAGUGCAAUCACUGUAUAUACUGUAUAUAUUUAUGACCUUUUAACCUUAUAUAAUUUUCUAUACCAUACAAUAAACCAUAACAUGAAAUAAACCUUUCAAUUAGCAUUAAGAACAAUACUAAUAGCACUUACAGGCCCAUUGUCAAUGAAACAUUGUUAUUUAGUAAGGCGACAGCACCCUCUGGUGUACAAAAAAUGAAAAAAAAAAUUACAAACUGCGUGAAGGCGCUUGAAGUGUUUAUUCACGGCCGACGUGCAGCCAAGCUUGGCAUUGAAGAGACACGACAGAAGAGUGUACUCUCCUUUGUUUCUUUGAAAUAAGGCAAUGUUUUGGACACUCUGGUGCGCUUUUUUGGCUUUGUGCCGCUUUCCCCGAUUGCAUACAGAGCAUCCGACGUUCUGAACUUUCCGCGCAUAUAUUUUUUUAACCCUUCAUUAACCGUCGACGGGAUGUUGUGCUCGUCGACGGAUUUACGUCAUCGAUGACGUCGACUAUGUCGACUAGUCGGGACAGCUCUAAAAAAUACAACUUUAAUUGGACAUACAGUGGGGCAAAUAAGUAUUUAGUCAACCACCAAUUGUGCAAGUUCUCCUACUUU